AGCAGAUUUCCUUUAUAACUAAAUACGUGAGCGACGAUACUUUAAAAGUUUCGCUUAUUAAUUACAGCUCACUCGAAGGCGAAAGGAUUUUACACUACUAGGACCCGUGACAAACAUCGACCAAUCAAAAUGAAGUAUACGUACCACGUGACUGCCAUGCACAUACUCGUUGUUCUUUCAAUACGAGUAUCUGAAGCCCGGGAUUUACGAGAUUUGACAGACCUUCCACCACGGACGGGCCUCUUGUUGUCAGCGUUGUGUAUUGAAGAUGGGGAUGUGAGGCCCGCUUGUUUAGAAGAUGUGUCGUCUCUAUCCAUACGCCAAUUCCUGGACAAAGUCAUCGAAGGCGUUCGAGAUAACCAGAGAUACGGUGAUAUUCUACGUGAUUUGGCAAUAAACAAAGAUGACGUCAUACAAAACGACAACGUCAUCCCCGAAAAACGAGGCCGAUCAAGGAACGGGAAUGUUUCCGGUUUUUAUUCGAACUGGUGAUUGGCUGAUUUGAAAAUCUUGCUGUCACGUGACAUUUUAUCUUGGUUUCUUCCAAUGAAAAUCGUUAACAAUGCCUAUUAAAUAUGACUUGGAUACAAUCAAUUACAUGUAGGCUUAUACUACAGACAUUUAAUAAAAUACAAUAUUCAAAACAUAAAUACAAUUACAUUAAAACUAUCAAAUGGUGUUAAAUAACAGUUAAAUCACCCAAAGUGUAUUUGAAUGAUACAUAUGACUUUUACCGUUCUGUAAUAAAAUAUCUUUUUUUUCACUUAUGAAAACACGAAUUCAGUCAUUUUAUCUAAAUUUGAACUGUAAUUUACUA